UGAACAUAUAUAUAUAAGACGUAUACAUGCAGCUGUCACCUCACUUUAUAAACUUCCAGUUUUCACAAUACAAGAACCUACAAGUUCGAACAAUUCAAAAGUGAGUGGUGAUAUAUCAGGACAGCACGUACGUACUAUAAAUAUAAAGUUAUACAUAAACACAUCUUUAUAAACUACAAAAUAUGCCUGUACCUACGAUGGAUGACAACAAGCUCCUUAUCCUUUACGCAUCCCAGACCGGCACUGCCGAAGCCGUAGCCGAAGAGCUGUCUGAGCGAAUCACUGAUGAACUCAACAUCAAACACAGAAUAAUGUGUGUAAGUAAGGCUUCUACUGAGUUUAAGAUCACGAAAGAGGAGUUGGUAGUGUUUGUAGUAUCCAGUACGGGCGAUGGCGAUCCCCCAGACACGGCGACCAAGUUGUGGAGACAGUUGCGAUUGAAGAAAGUAGGGGAUUCAAUCGACUUAUCCCAGUUGAGCUUUGCUGUAUUGGGUUUGGGAGAUACUAACUAUAGGCAGGGCGAUGAAGUUGUGGAGACAAUUACGAUCGAAAAAAAGUGGUAG